AUGACACAACGCCAAGCAAACAAUGGUGGCAGAGCCUUUGACUUCCCCAUUGACUUGGUUGAAUUGUCAAAGCAGCAUGUUGGAUUCCUUCAGACAUUGCAUCAAUUCGGAGUCACCAUUCAACGACCUUCUCCUAAAUCGCUUGAGCGGUACUGUGACUUAUGGCUACCUUUGGUGCAUUCCCAUCCGAACGAGGCGCUCAUACCUCCUGCCGACUGCGCAUGGCUCUGGCAUUGUCACCGACUUGCACCAUUCCGAUACACAUCGUACCUCAAGCGCCAAUUCGGCAACGACUGCCGAAUUCUAGAAGCCAGCCCAGCAUUUUCCUUUCAAUGCGAUAAUGGAGAUCUACAUGGGACUUUCAUGCAAAAUACUGAAGAAGAUUUGAAUCCUGCAGCAGAUAGAACUCGGUCUCUCUGGAAUCAACAGUAUCCUGAAGAAAGUUUCCACCUUCAGAUGGAUGAGCCAAAUCAUGCGGAACAAAAGAUCGAUGAUCGCUCUCUUUUGUUGGACGGUUUCGAUCUUUUGGGCUCCACGGGUCGUCAAGCAACUUUUCUGUGGCAAGUCUCAGGUCCACACUUUGCAGAUGAAGACUUUUUGAAGGAAGGCGCUCUUCAGUACUACAAGUUUUUGAAACUGCGCAAGCACGAAAAAAAGUCCAAUAGUGUUAUUGUGCCCACAUACCAGAUUGACCUCAUGUGGCAUACCCACAUUCUAUCCAGAAUGAGUGGUUACUUUGCUGACUGCAGGGCCAUAAUGGGAGGUACUUUGAACCACGAUGACAGCUUGAACGAUCGAACUGAUGAUGGUCCACUAGACCGAGCUUUCAGGGAAACAAAGGCUCUAUGGAAGAAAAAAUAG